AAUUGACAAUGGAGAGUUGACGAAAGAGGAUGUGAGGUAUCUUGAAAAAUGCCAGGAUUACGGGGUGGGCGGUUUUUUGAUAGGUAGUAGUAUCCCGACUAUUGUUCGUGUAUCACUGAGCUUCGUUUCUCGUCGACCUCGACCUCCUUUUCCCGAGAUCCUCUUCUCUCCCUUAAGGUUUGUUAUUCCGAGUGGUAUUGUAGGUAUGGCGAUAGGUCUUAGUCUCGGACGACGUCAGCUGGAACAUAAUGUACAAAAUUGGCAUCGGAAACUUAACAUAUACCAAGAGACAUUAUCUCGCACUACCGAGGAAAGACAGAAAGUCUUGAAGGGCCAGAGAAGUAUAGUCUACACCAUUGAUCUUGAAACCAAAAGCACAUUGGAACGUACGCGUCAACAAGCUCCAAUGAAGCAAGCACAGUCCAAUGACCCCAAGGAGGAAGAGGGGGACUCGUCGGGGCAAGAAGCCUAUUCGAAUGGAACAAUGAAUGUAUCACUCCCCGAACGAGAGAAGGGUCUGGAACAGGCAGAGUUCGAAGCUUUGUUAGAGAAGGAACGAAUGGGAGGAGGAGAGGGUGAAAAGAUUUGGUGAACCUUCUCGACUUUCGCAUUCAUGCAUAAUCCCCGCUCAGCGU